AGCUGUCUGGCGGUCGGUCGGUCGGUCGUCGCGUGGCCGGGUUUUCAUUCCGUUUAAACGAAACAGCGGUCGGUGUUCAGAGGAAAAUCGUGGGGCGGGUUUCUCAAACCCAAACCAGGCGAUGGCGGCUGCGGGUCUUCAGGCCGCCCGAGACUUCCACACGUUUCUGCUGGAAUUGUGUGAUCAAGGCAAGAAAGGGACAUCGAAGGAGCCAGUGUUGUACAAGGAUGAGGUCCAUGUGCAGAUCAUAUCCGAAGAGAGCAGAAAUCCCUUACGUUCAUUCUGGAAUGGAAAUUUCCCAAUAAUUAUAGCAGAAAGACCACCAUUAAAAGUAGAUGAGGAUGAAGUGGAGGAGUCUCACACGACUGAAACAAGCAAUGGAUCUCCUUUCAAGCUAACAGAAAAAUCCGGGCCAUUGCCACUCUCGGUCAUGAAGGCAAGGCAGUUGAUUUCUUGGUAUGCUCUGGCCCACAAUCCAAAUAUGUCCCAACUGGUCAAUUGCAGCACAUCUGUUGCACUCCCACUGCUGUGGGUUAGAUGUGAUGGCUCUGAUCCUGAAGGCAUUGUUUGGCUGGGAGCUGAACCUCUUAAACCUAGGGAUGUCGUUACAGCAAUGGUUUUCCAUAUAGUUACAUGCAAUGGACCAAUUGUCGACCAGAGUUCUUUCACCAGUUUAGAAAGAGUGAAAAACAUUCACAAGGACAGACAUUCUUGUUCUUCAGUAACGACCAAGUGCUAUGCACAGUAUGAUUUGUUUGGUUCCACUGUAGUGGAGAACACAGUUAUAGAAUCUCAAAGUACUAUUAUGGUGGAUUUCACUUGGAGCAAUGUGGAGAGCAUCUUGGAAGUUCCCCCACUCACAUCAACUGCCACACUGAAUAUCAGAGUAGAAUCUGGAGACAUGAGAAGCCCUGUAUUCCAAAUAUAUAAAGAGCUGGAAUUUCUUCUUGUUUUAGCUGAAGGUUUGAAAACAGGAGAGACUGAAUGGCCAGAAGUCCUAGAAGGAAAAAGUGCAGUUGAUGUUGUUCAGCAAUUAAUUGAAGACCUAAAGAACCAGCUGGAUGUCUUUCAUAAUCAGUCAAAUAAAAAGGAUGCAGAGAAAUUAAAGAGCGAUGCCGCUGCUGUGGAUUCAAACAUUCACUCGUCAUUUGUUCUCGAACGUGGAGACCUUGAUUUUGCAGAACAGCUCUGGACCAGAAUGAGAAAAACUGUUUCCUCAUACCAAGAUGUAGUGGAUUGCUUAACAUUAGUUCUUCAACACUUAAAAUGUGGUGACAUUCAACCAUGGAUUCAUCGAGGAAGCAAUAAUUCUCUCAGCAAGCUGAUUCAGCAAUCCUACCAUAGCACCAUGCCAACCGUCUCUGUCAGUGGUCUCAAUGCUAUCCGAAUGCUCUUGGAGAUAGGACUGGAUAAAUUGCAGAGGGAUUACAUAAACUAUUUUAUAGGUCAAGAACUGACAACGUUGAAUUACUUGGAUUACUUUUUGGUGUCGACCGUGCGUCCAGAGGAGCAGGUACAGCGUCUGCACAAGCUGCACCACGUGCUGGAGCUGGUGGUGACCUGCAGUGCGUUCCUCAGCCUGAGUCACGAGAACCUCUUUGCACUAACACAAUCUUGCAUACGAUACUACAAAGACAAUCCAUUGGAUGAACGACAUUCUUUUCAGCUGCCAAUCAGACCCACAGCUAUCAGUGCCUACUAUCAAAAUGAGCACCCGUUCAUGUGGAGAGUGGAAGUUAUUAGUGGUCAUGGGCAGAAAGAGGUGAAGACAACAUGGCAGCUCAAUACCAGACCUCCAGUAGAUCAUGUGAUGUUUGAUACUCCAGAUCUAUCGAUUGAUACAACUUUGAAUGGUGACCACGAGGAAGUUGUUCGUUACAACACGGUGAUCAGCUGCAGUCAGACAAGCUUCACAUAAUCAUCUGGCAAAAGAACCACAGGAUCUUUAACAUCUACCUGAACAGGUUGACGGGACCUCGGUUUCAUCCGAAACACAACAGUGUAGCACUCCCCCAGAACUGUAUUGGAGUGCCGGCCUGGACUGAGUUCAGAGUCCCGACACGGGACUUAAACCCACACCUUCUGACUGAGGCGAGAGUGCUACCAACAGGGUCAGGCUGAGGCCAGGCUUUAUGCAAAUGUGCUCCAGGAUCAAUCGGCCUUCCAGAGAGACAAAAGGAGAAAAUUGGUUAAAAUAUUCUCAAAAUGGAGUUUGAAGUCCACCUAAUAAUCUGUCCUAUUGAAAAUGCAUAUUUGAGUUGUGAUUGUAUCUAUUUUUAUAUAAUUUGGGAGCACGUUACACUUUUUCUUGUGUAGAGUUACUGUUGAGAAAUAAAUUUGGAAUAUUGCAAGCUGG